CUGCGUUCGUCAAGAACUGCAUUACCCAUAGUUCAACUCGUGCGUCAACAGCAACAGCUAGGAUGUUGCGAUUUCGCUGGCAGCCGAGGAUUGCUGUGGUUGCAGAGAUUGAGGAUCUGGGCUCAAACGUCUUGCCUGUAUUUUGGUAAACGUCAAAUUGUUAUUUUUUUUUGUUUCCAAUCCUCGGCGACAAACAGAUGUUUGUUUUUUAUAUUUCUGGUCGAAUGCGUUUGUAUGCGCGUUAAAGACAGGCUGCAUCGCGUUAAGGCGUUUAGCUAACUAACCCCCCCCCCCUCACACACACACACACAGUUUUGUGUUAAAUUGGACGUAAGUAAAUAUCCCGACGCUGAAAAAUGUGGGAACAAACAGGGACUUCACUCAAAUGAGAAUGGAAAUAUCUUUUCAGACAACACUAUCGCACAAGUUCCACGUCGGACACGUCGCGGUGGGAGACGACGACGACGACGACGUCGUUGUGUUGAGUUGAGAGGAUAACCUGGAUAACCUUAACACGAAAUGUCAUAGAGCCUCAGCAGCUAGCACUCAGCUAGCCUGGUAAUGGCUGGAUGAGAUGGAGGAGAAGGACAUCAUGUUGUCAGCAUCGGUAUCAGGAACGACCAGGGUGACUGAAGACUGAAGACCACCCACCCCCCCGGAGAUGCUUUAGCCUCCUGCCUGGGUGUGUGUGUGUGUGUGUAUGUGUGGUGUAAUUCACUUACAUAACAGCCUCUCUACGGUCUUACCCCGCCGCUGCUUCAACACAGCGGCUAGUGUUGGCGAGCAAAUGGGAAAUUUGCCACCAAAAAUAUCACCACCAUCAUCACCACCAUCAUUAUUAUCAUUAUUAUUAUUAUUAUUAUUAUAAGUGGGUGAAAGGGCAUCGCUGCGUGUUGUGAGGCUGCCCAAACAGACAAUCUCCUCUCCUGCAGCGUCACACUGACACUGACUCUCUCUCUCUCUGCAUCAGUGCUACAGUACAAUUCUGUGCACGGAGAAAAAAAAAACAAGCAUCUCAGAAUUGUGCGUGUGACGAAAGCUAUAAACACUGUCCUCCUCCUGUCAACUGGACACGAUGAGGAAGUUCUUUGAUUCUCGUCGGGAGUUGGUGAGCUCCGGGCCUGGUUCUGGAGGAGGUGGAGGAGGAAGCAGCUCUGGGUCCAGUCACGCAGGAGCAAAUUUCAUUGGACGAGGCUUCACCGUCGGGCGACACCAAGUGACGGUGGAGGAGAUCAUCGCUGAAGGUGGAUUUGCCAUUGUGUUCCUGGUGCGGACGAACCAAGGGGUGCGUUGCGCCCUGAAGAGGAUGUACGUCAACAACGAGCACGAUCUGCAGGUGUGCAAACGCGAGAUUCAAAUAAUGAAAGACUUGGCCGGCAACAAGAACAUCGUGGGUUAUCUGGACUCCAGCAUCACGGCCAUGGGAUCACGUGACGUGUGGGAGGUCUUCAUCCUUAUGGACUAUUGUAAAGGAGGUCAGGUGGUGAACCUGAUGAACCAGCGGCUGCAGACCGGCUUCACUGAGAACGAGGUGCUGCAGAUCUUCUGUGACACCUGCAGCGCUGUCUCUCAUCUUCACCAGCGCCAGACGCCCAUCAUCCACCGAGACCUGAAGGUGGAGAACAUCCUCCUUCAUGACAAGGGCCAUUACGUCCUGUGUGACUUCGGCAGCGCCACCAACAAGUUCCAGAGUCCUCAGACCGAGGGAGUGACCAUCGUGGAGGAAGAAAUCAAAAAGUACACCACUUUAUCAUAUCGUUCCCCGGAAAUGGUCAACCUCUACAACAACAAGGUCAUCACCACCAAAGCAGACAUCUGGGCCCCGGGUUGUUUGCUGUGCAAGCUGUGCUUCUUCACUCUGCCCUUUGGUGAAAGCCAGGUGGCCAUCUGCGAUGGCAGCUUCACCAUCCCAGACAACUCUCGCUACUCUUACGAUCUCCACUGCCUCAUCCGCUACAUGCUGGAACCAGACCCCGACAAACGACCAGAUAUCUACCAGGUGUCCUUCUUUGCUUUCAAACAGGCUCAGCGGACCUGUCCCGUCCAGAACCUGAAGAAUUCUCCGAUUCCUUCGAAACUUCCCGAGCCAAUCAAAGCCAGCGAGGCUGCGGCUGCGAAGAAGAGUCAGAACAAACCAAGGCUAACCGAUCCGAUCCCCACCACCGAAACCUCCAUCACUCCUCGCCAAAGGCCCAAAGCAGCUCAUACCCAGCCUGCUGCUGGCAUCCUACCCAUCCAGCCGGCCGCCCUCACCCCUCGCAAGCGGGCUAAUCUCCCCGGUGGUGCAGCUCAGCCCGUGGGUGUCAGCUUAAACCUGUCACAGCCGGCUGCCGCUCUGCAGUCACAGAAGGUGCAGACUUCAGCGCCACCUGUCAUCCAGUCACAGAACAGUUCCAGUCAUGCAGCAGCUCCACAGAAGCAGCCUGUCCAACCAGCUGCAGCUGCAGCAGCAGAACCUGCAGUGACCAGAGGUGACCCUCAACCACAGGGACAGCACCAGACCACACCGCCCUGUGUGCUGAGCUGCUCCUCCUCCUCCUCCUCCUCCUCCGCUCAGCCGGCACCACCUACUCCAUCCAGCCCGGCUGCACCUCAACGCCCCGCCCGACGCAAGCCGCCCGGUCAGAGCCAGCAGCCGGCGUCACCCUGCAGAGCGCCCCCUGGUCUGGUGUCUUCAUCUCAGCAGCAGCACAUGGUCCAGAGCUCGGCCGCUCCGGCUCCGUCUGCGCCCAACGAGAUCGGCCACAAACCAGCGGAGACGACUCCACCGGCGUCUCCAAAGACGGUUGAAGGUCAAGGCCACCACCAGACUCCAGGUGACGUCACGGCCGGCGGCCUGGACUCGCAGCAGCCGCAGGGAGCCAAUGAGGAUGUGGCGUUCCAGCAGGUACUUACACCACAGACAGGCGCCGCCCUGCUGGAACAGCCCAGUGUUUCAGAUGCAGCACAGGCCCAAAGCAACGCUGCCCCUAGUGGUUCCUGUGCCACUGCUCAGGCGGCUUGGAACCCAUUUGACGAUGACGACUUUUCAAACCUCGCUGCCGAGGAAAUAAAACCAGAGGAGAAGAAGACCAAGGAAUUUGAAACAUCUGAAGAGUUGAUACCUGGACUUCAGACUUCAACUGUGGAGAAUGAACAGGGAACAGUUGAGAGACCUUCGGCGAUCCUGGACGUGGACCCAGGAGCCUCGCUGUUGGUCGUACCGGACCCUUUCCAUUCGCUGGAGAUGUCGGAUGCACCAGAGAAGCUGAUUGAAGGUCUCAAAUCUCCGGACACAUCUUCUCUCCUGCUUCCUGACCUCCUGUCUCUGUCCGACCCCUUCGGUGGUUCUGUGGAGGAGGCUGCCAAAGAUGACUCCCUCCUGGGCUGCUCUCUGAUCUCCGCCCCUCCAGCAGGGGGCAGUGCCACCUCCUCUGUGUCUUCUGCUCCCACCUCAGCCGCCUCAGUCCUGGAUGAUUUCAGUCUGUUGUCUGGAGACUCAGUACAAACUAAAGCAGAUUCGUCUCUGCUCAUCUCUGACCUGGAGCUGCAGCCGGCCGCUGGAGACGUAGGGACAGAGGACGACGAGUUCGAUCCCAUUCCUGUCACAGGAAGAAAAAACUCCCAAGGUAGGUUUUAUUUAUUUUAUUUUAUUUUUUGCAGUGUAAGCAUGAGGGCAGCAGUGAGUCAGAGUGAUGUUUCUAACCUCGGAAUAACUAACUCUUGUUCUUAUACCUUAAAAAAAAAAAAAUUGGUUUACAGUAUAUGUGUAUUUUCAGUUGUGUACGACUCCAGUAAUUACUAGAAGUGCAGUGGGUUUUUUUUUUUUGAGGCUAGAACCAAAUAUUACAAAUAUUAAAAUAUCGAUACACGGAAUAAAACCGUGAUAUUUCAUUUAACAAUACUUCGAUAUUCGACAGCACGGUAUCGAUGUCUUUAUGACCAAUUCCUGGUCCAGUAUUCCUGGUGUUGGUUCAUUUUACUUUAAUAAAACUUGAACAGAAAGUGAGCAGAGCUUUAGCACCGCCUCCUGGUUUCCAAUAAACCGAGUGUCAGUUUAAUAACUCAAGUACUAACUCUAACUCAAGUACUCAAUAACUAACAAGAAGCGACUUGUUGAGGUGUAAACACCUCGUCUGUCCACUAGGUGGCUAAACUGAGAAGAGAUAUCUUGCAGUUUUUACUGCUUUACUCCUGUUUUGGCUGUUUUUAAAACACCUCAAAACGACUGCCAUUGUUGACCCACUUACCUAAACCGGGGGUCCCCAACCCCCGGUCUGGGGACCGGUGCUGGUCCG